GAUGCCAUCCAUAAAAUUACGAGAUUUUUACAAGAAAUUCACUUAAAUUUGUGUCAAAAAAGUUAAAUCUCAAGAAAAUUCGUGUUUUUACGUUGAAAUCGCAUCAAGAUCGCCUGAAAAAUUGUAAAAAUCCCGAAAAAUCUUGCAAAAAUCGGAUUUUAACCUCACCAGGCGCCAAUUGGAAUUUGUUUACAUCAACAUGAGAAACCGAAGCAAAUCCACAAUUGAGCUUUCGAGCAAAUUUGAAGAGGAAGAACUGGAUAUCAAUGAUGUUCAAAGUGACGAAGAAGGCAGCGAAGAGACUUUUGCAACGCCCUUAAAUGAACCAGAUCACUUGGCUGAGCAAGUAAUUGAAAAAGUUCUUGCUUCUCUACCGAGUCAUGAUACCGUUGGCUACACAAAAACCAUCAAAAAGAUCAAAUGGGACGAAAUCGAAGUAGAUGGCAAGAAACCGCACGAGUUGGAGAAGAUUUUUCAUCAUGCGAUUAAAGAUGUCAACAAAGUUCGGACCCUCACGGAGAUCAUAAAUGAUGCCAAACAACGCAUGAGCAGCUUCCAUCAGCAUCCGGAUCACCCGAAACGACCAAAAACGAUGUUUGCGAUGUUCGUGCAAGAAAGAUUCAAACAAAUUAAGGACGAAAAUCCCGAUAUCGAGAACAAUGACGUCAUGAAAAAGUGCUCAGAGGAGUUCAAGAACUUGAGUGAGAAGAAAAAGAACAAAUUAAUGGCACGUCACGCGGCUUUAUUGGAGGAUUACAACGAUCGCAUGGCAAAAUAUCAGUUGAAGCAUCCAGAUUUGAAGAAAAGUUCUGCUAAAAAGGCUUCAAAAAUGUCAACUCCCUUAGCUUUUUAUUGGGCAGACAGAAGUAAAGAGCUCGGAAAGUCAGACCUUCAAACGUACGGUAGCGUGCGCAAAGAAUGGAUGGCACUCGAUGCAAAGACACGAGCGAUCUACCUCCGUAAAUUUUUCGCCGAAAACGAAACCGAAACUCUCACCAAAGCCGAACGCAAAGCUUUUCUCGAGGCAAAGGGAGCUCCCACACGUCCCGGAACCGCAUUUGGCGUCUUCUUGCAAGAUAAUAUUCAAAAGUACAAACAUCUCGAGUCGAAAGAACGGAUCAAGAAAAUCGCCGACUUAUGGGCAAAACUUGACAAAAGUGUAAAGGAACGUUACACAAACGACGCCAACGUCGAACUGGAGUUGUACAACCAAAAAUGGAAGAAAUUCGUAAAGGGACUUACGAAAGAAGAGCUCAAAUGGAUCGAAACUCCCAAAAGUGGCUCGAAACGCAAAAAGGAGUCACCUUCGGAGGACACAGAUACCGGGCACGAGACUGACGACAAGAAAUCGGCAAAUAAGAAGCAAAAAACAAAAACUUCAACAGCACUUCCGGAGCCUCAAAAGCCGCCAGAGAACGUAAUCGAGUAUUUUGCGAUGAAAAAAUGCGAUGGGGAUAAGAAAGAGGCGAAAAAAAAGUGGAAAACUCUUAAAGAAUCGAAGAAGGAGAAGUACGAGAAGCAGUUAGAGAACCUCCAGUCGGAAUAUUUCAACGAUUUGAAGGCGUAUCUGAAGAGUUUGAGCACCGAAGAGGUCAAAGAGUACAAAAAACGCAUGAAAUCCGUGAAAGAAGACGAAAAAAGUGACGACGAUGAGAACGGCGACAACAGUGACUAACAUUUUAAAUGCAUUUUUCGUACACAUUUGACACUAAAUACCUCUUGCAACAUUAAAUUUUAAGAUUUUCGUUCACAAAUGAUAAAUUUUUGAUGUAUUUGAA